AUGCCCCUUUCGUCAAUCUUUAUUCUCUUCGAUUUCGUCAUACAUAACCCAACCCAUCCUGACACAGCAAAGAACCUAUCUCUUCUCGACGUUGCCGUAGGCCAUUUCAGCCUCCUCGAGUACGCGUCCGGCGGCUCGUUCCCAACGUCUCAUAUGACCGAAUUUGCCCAGAUGGCUAGAGAUUUCGUUCGAAAGGCCAGUCCCGAUGGAAACAUGAACGAUGAUGGUAUCACCAAACAUCGGGAAGUGAACGCCCACAGCGCGGCCGCCACUCGGGGAUCUCAGAACCAAUUCAUCAACCAGCUUCCUAUCAACAAUACAGAGAAUACAGACAUUGGAUUGACUUACCCAACACUCGUAUCCACGGCUUCUCACAUUUCACCACCUUUGGAACAUGGUACGCCGUGGUAUGGGUUUGGAACAUACCCGAUUUUGAACACCUAUGGUAUACAUGCCGACAGCAUGGGCUAUCUGUAUUAUCCCUCGUCAGAGAACUAUCAGAGCGCGGCCGAUAUGGGCGCCUUAAUGUCCGGUAUCGAUCUGCAGACGCUCCUAGGAAUGCAGCAUCCCGCCUUCCCUGAUUUCGGGACAGAGUAA